UGUGCCGAUUCAUAUCAGAGGUCUUGAUUUCCAGUGCCAUUGUCAUCCCAGCUUUAAGCUCAAUAUAUGUAUUACGCUCCAUUUGCUGGUUGUGUCAUGAUAGUUGGUCAAACAGAACCAGGCCACGAACUCUAACUUGAUGCCCAUGACUUUUCAUCCCUUCUUGCGGACAAAUCUCGAUCAUGAAGGCGCUUCUUUUAGUCUCCGUCUUUAUUCUCUGCCGAUGCCAUCGAGUAUCAUGUCAGAUUAUCACAACCGUCACCGAGCUUCCGUCAGGGCCCAUCACCUUACCAUUCCCAAUCCCGACCGGCACGCCAACCAUCAUCUUCAUACCCACGGGAAACAUCACUUUUGUGUUCCCAGGCGGCAAGCCGACGUCUCUGCCUCCUGGGGCGAGCUCAAGUACGACCGGCGGUGACGGCGAUGUGCCCGACCCGACCCCGGAGCCAAACUCGGCGGCAUACAACCCAGCUAGAGGCGAAAAAGUCGAGUUUAUUGGCGGUGACAUUCGCAGCAUUGAAGAUGCAGAGGACGAUCUGGUCAAUGACCUUUUUGGGGUGGAUGCAUCGGACGACGAUGGAAAUGAUGGUGAGGAAAGACGUUCAAGGGACACAAAUGAUGGAUUCACUGAAGAGUAG